GCACCCGCCACGUGACGCCCCGCCCUUCUCCGAGAUCACAUGAUUCUCGGGUACAGACAGUGCAGUAUUCUUCCGCGCUGACGUAGUCCUUACUUUUCGGACCUCCUCUCUAGUCCCUAUUGGUCCACUCACCCCUGGAACCUAAGCGUUCCGUGCGUCUCUCCAAACAUACGUUUCGUUUUUGCCCUCUAUUUCCGGAGACCACUUCCUCCGCUUGGGUACUACUUUGUUUUGGUGUCAACGGCCGCCUUCAACGUACCAACACGUUUCGUGAAUAGCUCUCCUUGUAAUUAUCUGCUCUUUUUCCUGUACGUUAUUUCCGAAAAGAACUUUUGGAGAGCCAAGUCUCAAAUUACGGUUACCAUCUUCCAGCCAUUUUCAUCAUUACCUUCCUGGGGGGAACUCGGAAAAUGGGUUUUCAGUUAUUUUCGACGAUAGCAAAAGCCAACAGUCUUUCCUACGCCGCCUGCGUAGCCUCCAAGUUGAUUCCAAAGCUAUUGCACUGACGGCGUGGGGGUGGCGGUCAGUAGGUGGUGCUACGCUAGUGGCGUUAGGGCCGUUGCGCUAGCGGCGUAACAUAGCAGGCGGGGAGGCUCCUGCUGGUUGGGGGCGGGGUUGGUGAAUAGGGAAGUGGCCCAAGUCCCGGGAUCGCUCCGCCGAAUCCGCCCGCGCGUCGCCGCCGUCGCCACCGCCCCCCAUCCCGGCCCCCCCCGGGUUCCCUCAGCCCAGCCCGGUCCAGCCCGGUUCCCGGGAGGAUGAAGUUCGUGUAUAAAGAGGAGCAUCCGUUCGAGAAGCGCCGCUCUGAGGGCGAGAAGAUCCGAAAGAAAUACCCGGACCGGGUCCCGGUGAUAGUAGAAAAGGCUCCCAAAGCUCGGAUAGGAGACCUGGACAAAAAGAAAUAUCUGGUGCCUUCUGAUCUUACAGUUGGUCAGUUCUACUUCUUGAUCCGGAAGCGAAUUCAUCUCCGAGCUGAGGAUGCCUUGUUUUUCUUUGUCAACAAUGUCAUUCCACCCACCAGUGCCACGAUGGGUCAGCUAUACCAGGAACACCAUGAAGAAGACUUCUUUCUAUACAUUGCCUACAGUGACGAAAGUGUCUAUGGUCUGUGAAGCUGCUGUCCCUAAGGUGGGGGGGUCCCAUUCUACAAAGAGAGAGGUGGCCCCCCUUCCUUGACCUGCUCCUCCUUGAGGGUCAAACACCACCUCCCUUUUUCAGGACCUGCACUUCCUAAUGUUUGAGACUCUCUUCCAGCCCCUUUAAACACAAGAGUUAAUGUGGGAGAUGGCCUCUAGUACCCACUCUUUCUCCAUUCUUCCCCUUUACCACCUUUCCCAUUCUGCUUUAGACUUCUUGACUGUCAAUCUGUGUCACAUCUGGUGAUUGUUUUGGUUUCUUUUCCCUUUCUAACUGCCCAAGGGGCUCAGAACCCCAACAAUCCCUUCUUUUCACCACCUUCUUUUUUGGGGGUAGAUGGAAGGGACUGAAAUUGUGGGGGGAAGGUAGGAGGCACAUCAAUAAAGAGAAAACCACCAAACUGAA